AUGACGGAAAACUGGCGUGACCGAGGCGAAGCCAAGCGCCUGUCGAUUCUGAACACCAUCCCUGAAAAAUGGCGAAUCGUGGAUCCCAUCCCUCCAGCUACAGAGUUGCGGGAUGUCACUGGAAGUUAUAUUCAGCAAUUUUUGACCUCCCGCGAGAUCGAGAUUACAGAGACCGAUGCUGUUGAUAUCACAGCGCAUACAGCCACAGGAAGCUGGUCUGCUGUCGAAGUGACAGAAGCCUUCUGCCACCGAGCCGCGCUCGCCCAUCAACUUGUGAGCUGUCUCCAUGAGACAUUCUUUGACGCGGCCAUCGAAGAUGCCAAAGCACAAGAUGCAUAUUUCGCAGAGCACAAAGCUCCAAUUGGUCCACUUCACGGCCUCCCAGUCAGUCUCAAAGAUCAAUUCCACAUCAAAGGAAUCGAGACAACCAUGGGAUACGUGGGGUGGAUCAACACUUUCCAAGGUCUCCAAAACGAUCCCCGUUACAAGACCGAGGAAAGUGAACUCGUUCGCGAGCUGCGCGCCCUGGGCGCAAUCCUCUACUGCAAGACCAGUGUACCCAGCACCCUGAUGACCGGCGAGACCGUCAACAAUAUCAUCGGCUACACCUGGAAUCCGAAGAACAGACACCUUUCAUCUGGUGGCAGUUCAGGUGGCGAAGGUGCCUUGAUUGCCCUGCGUGGAUCGCCUGCUGGCUUUGGUACUGAUAUUGGUGGCAGUGUGCGCAUUCCUGCUUCUUUCAAUGGUCUUUAUGGUCUGCGGCCUUCGGCGGGUAGAAUACCCUACGAGAGGGCGGCAAACUCGCUGGAUGGUCAGAAUACUAUCCUUUCAGCGAUAGGACCUAUUGCGCUGACGGUCAGAUCAUUGAAGUUGUUGUUUCAAGCUGUCUUAACGCAGGAGCCUUGGCUUCAUGACCCGCUUGCAUUCGAGCUGCCGUGGCGGGAUGAGAUUGUCGAACGCACGAAGGCGUUGAUCAAGGGCCCCAGCAAUGGAGGUUCGAGGCUGGCGUUCGGUCUAAUGAAAUAUGAUGGGACAAGUCUCAUUCACCCCCCGAUUGCCCGCGGGUUGAAGAUUGUCGAACAAACCCUCCAACGUCUCGGGCAUACUGUCAUCGAAUGGAAUCCACCAUCCCACUCCACGGCCCUGGAUUUAAUGGCCAAGAUAUUCAAGAUGGAUGGCGGGGCAGAUAUCAAGCACCAUUUCACCCUGAGUGGCGAAAAUCAGCCCGUUCAAGUGAUAAUCUCUCAGGAUGGCACAGAGUUGAGAGCAAUUGAGGUUGCUGCGAUCAACGUCGCCAAGCGCGAGUAUCAGAAACAGUAUAUGGAUUACUGGAAUAGCACGGCCGCGCUGACAGGUACUGGUCGUCCUGUCGACGCUUUGUUUUGUCCAGUGGCACCCCACGCGGCUGUCAAACCGACGGAAUUUGGUUAUGUGGGAUAUAGCGCAUUUGUGAACGUGCUCGACUAUACAAGUAUCUCGAUUCCGGUUACUCUGGCGGAUAAGAACGUCGACGUGCGCUCUGCGAAUGCGGCUGAUGAUUGUGAGCAUAUCCAGUGGGACUGUAAGUUUGCCUGUUGUGAAUUUCGAGUUUUAUUGGACACUCGGGCUAACUGGUGGUUAGAUGAUGCUGAGACAUACGAUGGUGCCCCGGUGGGGGUUCAACUAGUAGGCAGGAGGUUCCAUGAAGAGAAGAUACUAACUCUGGCGGAAUAUUUGGGGGCGGAGAUUGCCCAAAGUGCAAAUUGA